GCCUGUUUGUGUCAGAAGCUAGACAAGAUGAUCUUGAAGUUCUUCUGUCUUUAAGCUUCCCCUAGGAGUGGUGUCUAAAUCAGCAGUGGGCAGCAGGGCAGGAUCCAGUCCCAGAAAAUCCAGCUUGUAAGUAGCCAAAGGAGCAUUGCUGAGUCUGUGCUGUAUGUAGAGCCAGAAUGGGUCUGGCUGUAGAUCAGCUCUGUGGCACACCUGGCCUAAACACCUGCCUGUGAAUAAACAUAGCACUGAAUGCAUAAGAAGUAGUCUUGCAGUCGUUCAGGCUGCUCCCAAGUGGAAAGCAGGCCCUGCAGGAAAAACUGGGUUCGUUUGUUAGCCUAAGACCUCUUUCCCAGUCUGCCUGCCUGCCUGCCGCAGUGAAACAAUUGGAAUGAUCUGUUCCAACUUUCUAGAAAUUUACAGCUGAAUUGUUUUGUUUAGAGCAUCAGAGAUUUUCCCUGACUUAGGACCAAAUUCUCCUGUUGUUAACACCUGAAGUUCUCUUAACAAGUCAUCAUUCCUGCUCUGUACAAUGUGCACAGUACGAGGUAAUGGAGAGUUGGGCCCAAUGGGGCAAUGGUUUCACAAUGUAAUUCUGGUGGCCUUAUCCUAAGGAGCACAGCCUAGAGUCAGGCUGAUGGCAGAAAAAUGUCUGAGAAGGUGCAGUGGCCUUGAGAAGACAAAAUUCUACCUAAAUGUAUUUUUGACCCUUGGGCUUAUCUGUUUAAGUAUUUGUGUAAUGCAACUUCUGAAUAAAGGAUGUGGUCAGUCUUUCUCAGUAAGUGCAAGCUGUACUCAUCAAGAGCUGCCAGUUCACUUGACUAUCAAAAUUGCAGUCCCUUGGAGCACAAUCUUUCCCAGUCUGCCAUCAUUCCUGUGAAUCUAAUUAGUUUAGUUUAAUUAGAUGGUGAAACACCAAGAGUUGUGCUUUACCCCUGUAACAAUCAGGAGAGGAUGCAAGUGCCUUUCUCCUUGGCUCAACUGUAGCCACCACUGUGGUCACUGGAAGUUCACUUCUUUCAGCAGAUCUUCCACUGCUAAUUAGGAUUACUUCUUCAAGGGAAACCUCAGGGUCGACACACUGCCAAGCACUAGGAUCUCCCUGCUCUGCCAAAUAUAGUCUUCCUGAUGAGAUAGGAAGCGAAAAGCCACAGUGCUUAGGGAGCAUGGUAGAAACCAGUAGCAAUCCAUGUUGAGAAAUGCAUUUUGAGUUACUGCCUUGCAACUGAGCCUUUGUGAUGUUUCUGUUGGACUGAGCAUGUGGGUCCAGAAUCACAGUUAUCAGUAUUGUCAGCGUCUCUCCCAGCAAACGUGUUCUUGUGAGCAGUGUCAGCUCCCAUUUCUUGGAAGACUUGCUCAAUGAAGCCUCAGCUUCCGGUGACAUGCAGCAAACUUGCAGGAAGGCCUCGUGUGGGAGGUGUCCCUGGGAUGAGCCUGACCCUUAUCUUGCCAGCCAGCUGCAAGGGGAUCAUCCGGGAGCUCAGCUAUGCAGCUGCAAACACUCUUGCACUGGCUGGUCUGCCCUAAGACCUUCCUCUUGUGUUGUAAAACCAGCAAGAAAGCAAGGAUUGAACUGCUCUGAGCUCUCGCAUCUCCUGUGAAGAACACCACAUCCACCCAACUUUAGACACUCAUCCUUGGAACAAACCAACAGAAGACCUGGGCUGUGGUGUCAGUCCUAGAUUGUGUGGUGUCCACUUACCUGGUCUCCACCUCAUCCAGUUUCACCAGGGGAGUGUUUGCAGGUGAAGAUGAACAGUGGAAUUCUCUUCUUGUCCCUCCUUGGCUUUCUCCCACUUGUGACACCCACGUGUCCUGCGCCAUGCAAGUGUGCCACCAACAUUAUUGACUGCACAUCAAAAGGCCUAACUGUAGCAAAACUACCAGCUGCUUUCCGCCCUUCAGCUGAAAUUAUCCACCUUGGUUACAACAGGCUCACCUCUAUUCCCAGUGGGCUUUUUGACAACCUAAAGAGCCUCCAGGUAGUCUACCUGCAGGGCAAUCCUUGGGAAUGCAACUGUGACAUCCUGUACUUGCGCUCCUGGCUCCAGUGGCAGCAGAACCGGACCUUAUACAGGGAUGUGAGAUGCACCUCCCCAGCUCACCUGCAGAACCGCAUCAUUGCCUAUCUGACAGAAGAUGAGAUAAUCUCUACGUGCCAGUACUGGUACUGCAGCCUGGCUCUCCUCUCUCAGCUCUGUCUCUUCGUACUCCUUCUCCUCCAGGGUAUCUUGGUUAUCUUCAUCAUUGUCUACCUGCAGAAAUUUCGGAGAAUGACUGCUGAAGCCCGGAGCACCACCCAAGAUCUACAUCAGCAUGCAGAUGCCUGGGCAUCUUCUUCAAGAUGCUCCUACAACAGUGAUUAACAUCACAAGACUGAAGACCCUCCUCCCACCUGGGUGAUGCUGUGCCAAGGUCAUGUGGUUUGUGGUAGCCAAGGGGGACAGUUCAGCGCACCAUCGCAUCCUGACUGCAGUCUGAAGCAGGACUUGAACUGAUCAGACACUUGCUGUAUUUCCAAGGACCUGAUCUUGUGUUUUUUAAUGCUUUAAAGUCUUUAGCAUGAUCUUGAUUGCUUUGCUGGUUUGGUAGACGAAGGAAAUCGUAUAAACUACAGCAACCAGACCUGACUCAAACUGCUCAUAAGCUUGUAGGUGCUAAUGGUGCUUGAUCCCUCCUGUGCUGGAGUAUUUCAGCCAUACUUUCUGCAAUGCUGCUGGUUGCGUUGGGUGGGGUGGGGACAGAGGUGGCCAGCGGGCAGUAAGGUACCGGACUGGGACAGUGGAGAAAUACGGUUUCCUUGGUGCUACCACAGACGGCCUUAGGACAAGUGACUUAAUCUUCUUCUAGCUCAGUUUCCCAUCCGGAGAAGGGAAAGGAUGUUUCUUCUUGCUUGAUGCAUCUUUUCCGGUGUUUUUCUUGGGGGAGGGAGGGAGGGAAUGUUCAGAAGCCUACCCAUUUUACCCUAUCUUCAUUCCUUUUAAUCUGCUUAAGGGUUUUAAUGCUGACUUCAACAUGUACUGAGUCACACUGGGGCCCUGAAUGUUCAAGGGGAAUUCCCCCUUUAAGCCAAGAGUUGUUGAGACCAGGGGCUCUUGCUGGCUCUUGGAACCCAGCACAAGACAUCUGGGCUUUUCAGAGUUCAAACUGCGAAACCCGCUCACGUGCCUGCUGCUGGCUGUGCCCUGCCUUCAUUAUGUUUGGAACAAAGCGAGACUGAAAUAAAGCGAUGGUGCGCGA